AUUGCUGCUAAAAUUGGAGAUAUUCCUCACUUGAAUAAUUCUACAACACUUGUGGACCCAUCAGUUUACGGUUAUGGAGUGCAGAAACGGCCCCUGGAUGAUGGCGGUCUCCGUGUAAGUGGGCUCCAUGGAGCACAGAUAAGAGACACAGAGAGAAUAGGUAACCAGUUAGGGGCCCUGGUACAUCAAAGGGCUGUAAUAACAGAAGAGUUCAAAGUGCCUGAUAAAAUGGUUGGAUUUAUAAUCGGCAGGGGAGGAGAACAGAUCUCACGGAUUCAGAUAGAGUCUGGCUGCAAAAUUCAAAUCGCUCCAGACAGUGGUGGGAUGCCCGAGAGGCCCUGUGUACUCACCGGGACGCCAGAGAGCAUUGAACAAGCAAAACGGCUUCUGGGGCAGAUUGUAGAUCGCUGUCGGAACGGACCUGGUUUUCACAACGAUGUUGAUGGCAACAGUACGAUUCAGGAGAUUUUGAUCCCGGCAUCCAAAGUGGGUCUAGUCAUCGGCAAAGGAGGUGAAACAAUAAAACAGUUGCAGGAGCGAACAGGUGUGAAAAUGAUUAUGAUCCAAGAUGGUCCCUUGCCUACUGGAGCAGAUAAACCUCUACGUAUUACUGGAGAUGCAUUUAAAGUACAGCAAGCGAGGGAAAUGGUACUGGAGAUCAUCCGAGAGAAAGAUCAGGCAGACUUCCGAGGCGUACGCAAUGAUUUCAGUUCUAGAAUGGGAGGAGGCAGCAUAGAGGUCUCUGUGCCCAGGUUUGCUGUUGGAAUUGUGAUAGGAAGAAAUGGAGAAAUGAUCAAAAAGAUUCAGAAUGAUGCUGGAGUUAGGAUUCAAUUUAAACCAGAUGAUGGGAUUAGUUCGGAAAGAGUCGCACAGGUCAUGGGGCUUCCCGAUAGGUGUCAACACGCAGCGCACAUCAUCAGUGAGCUCAUUCUCACGGCACAGGAACGAGAUGGCUUUGGAAGCUUGGCUGUGGCCCGCGGAAGAGGUCGUGGCCGUGGGGACUGGAGCGUUGGAACGCCUGGGGGCAUGCAGGAAAUAACCUACACAGUGCCAGCCGAUAAGUGUGGCCUCGUUAUAGGCAAAGGUGGUGAGAAUAUCAAGAGCAUAAAUCAGCAGUCGGGAGCCCACGUGGAGCUCCAGAGAAACCCACCUCCCAACACAGACCCUGGUGUACGAAUAUUCACAAUCAGAGGAGUUCCCCAGCAAAUUGAACUCGCUAGGCAUCUCAUAGACGAGAAAGUUGGCGGUACCAGCAUGGGUGGACCUGGAGGAUUUGGUCAAAGUCCGUUCAGCCAAGCACCCGCUACACCUCAUCAAAAUGGUCCUCAGGCGUUCAUGACGCAGGGUUGGGGCAGUACCUACCAGACGUGGCAGCAGCCCGGACAGCAAGUCCCAAGUAAAGCUGGCCGAGCUGUUCUCAGAGCUGGCUUCCAAGGGACGGGCUCGGGAGUGCCCUCCUCGCAGGAGGAGUGGCAGACCCCCACCCCCUACACAU